CCCGACAGCCAGCGGUCCCGAAGUCGACCAUCACGAAUCCACGAAGCUUGACCUCACUCCGUCCGCGACCUCCGACUUCCCGGCCCAAUUCGAACUUCAACCCUUCCUCACGAAGACGACUUUUGAAUACACAACUCAGUCACGAUGCCGACCCCCGAGUCCGCGAUGUUCCUGGCACAAAAGCCCAAGGUGCCCCCAACCUUCGACGGCGUCGACUACGACGACACCAAGGCAUUCAAGCAGGCACAGGACGCCAUCAUCCGUGAACAAUGGGUCGGCGCCAUGAUGCUGCGCCUUGUUGGCGAGGAAUUGGGCAAGUGCUAUAAGAAGGAGGGCGUGAACCACCUGGAGAACUGCGGUCACCUUAGAGAAAAGUACUUGCAACUGUUGAAGGAGAAGAAGGUCAAGGGUACAUUGUUUGAGCAGCAGAACUACAUCAGCAAGCAAUAGAUGGGCUGUAUGAUGGGAUGGAGUAGAAGGGACUAUUGUGGAGCAAGGUGCGGCGCUCUCGAGAAAACCUCUUUCAGGAUUUAGAAAUGAGGAACGUAGAGACGAGGCUGUGACGGUACCAUGUCGACUGGCCGGCGCGUGAUGGGCGAUAUCCCUCACGAUAUGUACAAAUGAAUCAAACAAGGCUUCUGGGGUUAUGCAUCUAUCCGUUUUUCAACCUUUGGUCGCCCAAUGACUCUUGAAUCAGUCAGCUUUGAAAAUUUUCUCGCUGCCAGCUAACAGAGAAUUCUAAUUAUCAUAUUUUGUU